CCUCCCUCGAGAGCCAGUUCGUGGGGGUUUAAUGCCGUCAGACCCUCUCUCUCUCUCUCUCUCUCCUCGUCCGGACACCGCAGAACCGCAAGAGAAAGCUUUCCCCUUUCGAGCUCCCGACCCCCAGAAUUUCCUCCCAACCGCGCAAGAACAUGUCCGGGAACCAGUCCCGCGCCGACUCGGUCCAGAGCCGCAGGGUCACCUGGGAAGGGUGCAGCGUCUUGCUGGACAUCAACGACGGCGACCGCCUGGUCUUCUCUCGGCUCACCGAGAACUCGACUUUGAAGAUCGGGAAAAAGAACUACUCUUUGCGGCCGCUCAUCGGCUGUCCGUUCGGUUCUUUAUUCCAAGUCGAAUAUGGAGCCGAAGGGUCGAAGCUGUCUCGCCUUCUUGAAUCGGCUGAAGUCAGUAACAUCCAAGAAAAUGGUGAUUAUCAGCCGGUAGAGGAGCACCGGGAUAAUAGAGAACUUGUUGACAACAACAAAGCUCAGAGUCUUUCCGGUGAGGAUAUAGAGGAAUUACGGAGACAGGGUGCGACUGGUGAUAAAAUUAUUGAAGCUCUAAUAGCAAAUAGUGCUACAUUUGAGAAGAAGACAGCAUUUUCACAGGAAAAAUACAGAUUGAAGAAGCAAAAGAAAUAUGCUCCUAGAGUAUUGUUAAGGCGACCUGUGGCACGGAGUAUAUGCGAGACAUACUUCACAAAGUAUCCAGCCAGAAUAGGGUUCAUGCGAGUGGAUACAUUGUCUCUGCUGCUUUCCAUGGCUAAUGUUGCUGCAAAUUCUGACAUUCUUGUGGUGGAUAUGGUUGGUGGUCUCCUCACUGGUGCUGUAGCAGAGCGCAUGGGUGGUUCAGGUUAUGUAUGCAAUAUGUAUCUUGAAAGUAGCCCAUAUCCUAUGGACAUAGUGAGGAUGUUCAAUUUCAGUGAUGAAAUUUGUAAAAGAAUUGUGAGGACGUCUCUCAGUGAUUUAUGUUCAGUUCAAAAUGAUCCAUCUGAGCAAAUGGGUCAUGAUGUCUCCGUCACUGCAAAUGCAUCAGAUGAGCAAAUGUGUUCUCAUGAGACACUUACAGAACCAGCUGUCAUGGAAGAAAUUGCUCCACCAUCUCAAAAUGAAAUAAGCAAAUGCAAAAUCCCUAAAGCAGGAGAUAAAGCAUCCCAAGAAACCAUUGACUUGUGGAAAGCAAAUGGUUUUUCUAGUCUGAUUGUUGCAGCUCCUGAACUGGAUACUUGGAACACAGUGAAAGAUCUCAUGCCCCAUCUAUCACAUUCAGCUCCCUUUGCAAUUUAUCACCAAUAUGUCCAGCCUCUGGCAACCUGCAUGCACAAUCUGCAGAUUGAAAAGAUGGCAGUUGGUUUGCAAAUAUCAGAACCUUGGCUGCGCGAAUAUCAGGUUCUUCCUUCAAGAACUCAUCCAUGCAUGCAGAUGAGUGCAUUUGGUGGGUACAUCUUAAGUGGGGUUAAGAUUUGUAAUCCAGAAAGCACAUAGAAAGGAUGGAACUUGGUCGCGUUACAUCUUUGUGUGCUUCCAUAUUCUUUGGUCAACCAAAGUUCAUAAGAGGUGCCAGCCUGUGACCGCAAAAUUUCAUUCCAUCCAUUUGUGUUUCAUAUUCUUAUUUAACUCCUAAGUUCAUAAGAUGUUUCAGCCAACGAUUGACAUAAGUUUUGUCACCCACUUGUGUGGAGCAUUCUUGUUAACUCAAAGCUCAUAAGAUGUAUCAGCUAGUGACCGUGAAGUUUCUCAACAGGAGUCAUGCCAUCAAUCGUGCUUUCUUAUUUAACUCGAGUUCAUAACACGUUUCCGCCCAUGACCCUAAAAUUGUAUGACAUAGUUUUGCCUUUCUUUUGUGUUGUGUAUGGAUGGUGAAUGUGGUAAUAUAUGAUGUUAUUUCCUGGGAA